AUGCAAUCUAAUUGCCUAUAUAUUUUUUUUCUUUAUUUAUUUAUUUUUUGCAUAAUUAUUCAUAUUGGUUUUUAUUUUCACUCGCUUCUUUCAUUUCUUUCUUCAUUUUUUCUAUUCUUUCUUUUUAUCUCAUUGGUUUUUCUUCUCAUUUUCUUUCCUGCUUUCUUUUUUUUUCUUCAUUUUCUUUCUUCUUUAACAUUGCUUUUUCUUUACGACUUUCCUUUCCUCUUUUUCCUUCUUUUCUCUUUUUUUUCUUUUUUUUUUUACUGUUUUCUUUCUAUCGUUCAUUCUCUUUUCAUUUCUAUUUUUUUUUUCUCUUUUUCAUUUUCUCUUUCGACAUCCAUUUUUUCUUUUCUUUUCCUGUCGUCUUUUCCGUGUGAUUCAUUCCUCUUCUUCUUCGCUUUCUUUCUUUUUUUCUCUUAUUCUUUCUUCGUUUUCUUCUGUUUUUCUUUCUUGAUUUUCUUUUGCGUUUAUUUCCUAUUUUCUUUCCACGAAGAAUCGUCGACAUCAAUCAGUCAGUAUCGACUGAUUUGGCGUCGUUGGGCCGAAAGUCGAUUUCCCAGCGAGAGACUCGCAUCUAUUCUCAAAAUCCUCUGCCAUAUGUCUCUGGCCUGUGUUCGCCACCAUGAUGAACGAUUGGAACCGUUUCAUUAA